AUGGCGACCGGCAGCAUGAUGAAGGACUACGUGCGCAGACAGCUGCGUUACUGGGUGGAUGGCUUCAAGGACGACAUGCUGCCUCGCGACUUCAUGUCCAAGUCGUACUCGAAAACGCAGCUCCUUAUCCCCGACAUCAGGUUAAAGCCUCACCGCGUUGCUGCUGUGUUGCAUCUUCCUGCUCCGUUGUUGGUGACUUCGGUUCACUGCAUCGAGUUGACGAUCGCCGUGCCGUCCUGGACGGACUCGGACAAAGAAGCAGCCUACAAACCUCUGCUAAUCCACGCGAACGAGUUGUCGGUCCAAGUUCGGAACAUUUGGGAGUGCAGCAGCAAGAUCCGAAGCGAGGCGGAGGAACGAGUACAAGCAGCAUUACUCGAGCCGGACCCGCUUGGGUCCACUGCCGCCAUGUUCGCGUUCUCUCGGGACGUGAACGACCGGACUAAGCUGGUGGUGGACAAGCUGAAUGUUCAGAUUUUCAUGGGCGGAAUUUCACGAUUGGAGAUAACGUUGGUAGAUUUAAGCGCACGGACGACCGACGCACUGUGGCAGGAUGUGAAGGACCCGACGAAAUGUGUGGACUACUCCCCGGACCACCUGGUUCAAACGCGGUUCAAGGCCAUGUCGUUCAUGCUCAGUGUUGGGGUCAAUCCUGUCGGGUCUAACGGGGGUCAAAUGAUCCGUUUGAUGACCAAAGUGUCGGUUGAUGUGCGAAUAACGAGGUUUUAUCAUCGCAAAGAAGUGGAGGACUCGUGGAAGAGGCACAUGAAGCUCGUGGAUGUGAAUUUCGGCGCGGUGAAGGUGGAGUUUGGCGUCGCAGACUUUAUGGAGGUGUACACAGUUGCGUCGAUGCUGUGCAAUUGGUUGCUAAACGGCAGGAGUUCGGAAAACUGCGCGUUAUCUUCACCAGAAGAUGGGAUGGCUGCCAAUCGUGAGCCAAUCGGUCCGAGACAAACUGACCAGCCGAAUAUUGAGCUGCAGAUCACAUUUCGGGGUACGCUCGAAGCAAAACUGAAGUUUAAUUCACCUACCGAGGGACCGCAGGAGCUGUUCCUGGUUGCGGAUCGUGCUGCGGGGAAUAUAAUCCUUCAUCGACACGGUGUGCGUGAAUUGCAGUUGAGUCUGCAUGAACUCGCGGUGAGAUUCCGAGGGUAUGUCGUAUUUCGACUGAAACCUGACCGUGAGGUCUUUCAUCUGGAGCAGCGGCACAACUCUUUAUCUAUCAAAUGGCGAGUUCAAAGCGUACUGUGCCGAAUUGACGACGACUUAACGAGAAUGCUGACCGAAAUGUACCAGUUUGUGAACGAAAAGGAGAAGCCGAUUGUUAUCCGGUGUGGAACCUGCCACCAGCAGAUCAGCCUCGACAUGAUAGACGUCCACGUUUGUCCACCCCGUAACAGCAAUAGAUCAUUGACAGCAACUCCGCCAGCUACUGGAGAGAGUAGAGGAAAUAGUUUUUCGGAAAGCUCCAGUGCUGAAAAUGGUGAUUCGGAUGCAACAGUGAAGGCUGUGAAUGCCAACGGGGCUCCUAAAAUUCACGUUGAGUUACAUAUGGACGAGUUGGAGCUCCAGACCGCUGGAAGACUGGUUCAACUCUUGCUAAAAUGGCUUGGAAUACGUGAGGAUGAACGCGCAAUUGGGCGUGAUAUUACUACGAAGCUGUCGGAUUUGCGCCUGACCACUGAAUCGAACGAGUUCGCGGGUGAUGCCAUUUUUGUUCCUGCUCUGCCACUUGCCUUUCAGAUGCUGGAGUGUUCCUUACAAGGUUGCGGUUGCAUUUUACGACGCAGAGGAACGAUGCACUCGAAACAUAUGCAUUAUACCGAAAUCAAUCAUGCCUACCAGUGGCCUGCUCGGCUUUUCUUCGACAUCUCUCAUUGCGCGAUGUCCGCGCAAGAAUGCUUUGCAAAAGUCGACAAGAUCCAGUUGCGAUCGAGCUUUUCGGAUGGCAGUCGUGUGUGCUCGUCCUCCCAGCCUCAACUAAGUUUCCAUAUAACCAUGGACAAGGUCCGUUGUCAGUUGGAUGAAGUGCUAUUCAAGCUAUCUCGACAAGUGUUUGAUCAUAUCGGAGAGUCAUUAUCCAGCUCAAAAGGCUUUACAAUGAUGACACUUUUCCUCGGAGUGCUACAAAUUCGUGCGGUUGAAUUUACGCUGCAGAAUGAAAAUGUGAAAGAUGCCCGAGCGAAAUCGUUGCUGAAGCAAGCCAUUGUGGUGUUUGACAACCAACUUGGAUUCCUUUGUACGCAGAGUUCGCUAGAUUUCAAGACCGUACUGAAUUCACAGACCAUGGAAUUCGUUCAUCGACAAACUCCAGCGCCUACGAAUAUUCAACCCCCGCCUACCCCGCCGAGCCUAGAACGGGAAGAUGCCUGCCGAUGUAUUCAACGAAUGGUGCGUCAGAAGUACCUUGUUCGGCAGUAUAAGCAACGUUUUGAUCCUGACGACUACGAACCGGGGGUGAGUGGAAGCAACGACAGUUCACCUUCGUCCUCUCCUCGAAAACUCAGUUUGGGGAUUCCGAGUCCGAUCAUUGUGCUUGGCGCUGACGCUGAUAUCGUGGGGGAAAUUCGUGGUGGAAUCAGUAAGUUGAUGAGUCCAUUGAGUCGUGCGCGUUUACCGUCCGAGAGCUUCCGAGGUGGUCUGAAUAAACUCAUGGCUCCGAUCAACCGGACCCUAUCGACCACUGCGAGCACCAAGCGAAGGUCGUCGGUUGAAUCUAUCUCCCCUAUGGUGGAGGUUGCGUGCCAUAACCUUACAACGUCUGAAGAACAAGUGAGCCCUGGGGAUCCACCUCUCUCUAAACCUCCAGAAGCACCAAAGGUAAAUGACCUGAGUGAGGCCAAACUGGCAGCACUUCCUGAUAUUGUGCGCGUGUUAGCCCAAGUAGGCGAAUGUCGCCUGUGCGUUCCGAUCAAUCCGCGAGAGAAGGUUGAGUUUCUGUGUCAAGAAAUCGUUCGGCGAUUCAACGAGUCCUUCGCAGCCGAUCGUGGAAGUAUCUCGCAAGUCUCGCUCCAAGACAAACACGGUGGAGUCUUCUGUCCGUCUGAUACUGUGGGGUUCUUGUUAUCGGUAGCUCCGAGCGAACUGUUUUUCGCAUGUCCUCAAAAGUCUGAUGGACCAAUACGAUCCUUGGCCCGUCUUACGGCAGGAUCGGCAAGGACUGCAUUACCGAGAUCACCGACAUCAAGGAAUGAAGCCUCUACAAGGACAAAGUAUUCAAAGCUACCGCUGCCUUUAGUCAUCGCGCUGCUUGCGAAUGAAUUGGAGCGCGAUUUAAUCCGUUCAGGUCUUUGCGAACGGGAUAGCGGAGCAGCAGGCGAAGCGUGGCCGGAUUUGGCACUCAACGCUGCGUCGCUUGAUGCUGAAAAGAACCCACUGAUCGUGGAGGUUGCGUGGCAUGAAACAUGCGUCGAAGUCACCAAUGGAGACGCAUUUGCACUGUGUCGGCAGCUCUUGGGUCUCUGCACUUCAAGGGCGACCAGCAAGUACGUGGGUAAAAUUCUACGAAGCCGGCUUAAAGUCGACCCGACCAAACCUUUAAUCGAGUGGGCAUGCCGACGGAAACUAGCUAUGGAACAGGAAGGCAAUGGUGAUAGAUCUACCCAACCUUCCGACCAAGAGGAGUUACUGACGGCUUCGUAUGACCAACUCAAGAAGGUGGUGCAAGACACGUUUGGUGUGUACACGCAGUGA